UCCGCCUCAACACGCGGAGCAGCAGCCGGUUCAGCGGAGCCAAACAGCCGUCAGAAACGUGACCGUGUUUCUCUCCGUCUUCUGGACUUUCAGACGUUUUUAUUCUGCCGGUUAGCUAGCUAACAGUUAGCCCGUUAGCUCGUGUGUCUGAGCGGCGUUACCAUGGUGACGGCCCGCGGCAGAGGCAGAGGGGACGCGGAGCAGAGCCGCGGGCCGCGGCGGCGGGGGACGCCGGCCAGGAGCUCCCGUUUCCCGCAGAAGAAUCCACCAGGGACCCGGAGGAGGCGCACGGUGACCCGGCCGGAGGACUCAGGACUUUCCGACGGAUCAAACGAAGAUGACCAGAGUCACGUUAGUUCAGAAACCGCAGAGGAUGAACACCAGCCCAUCAGACGGGCGCGGACCAUCAUCAGGAAAUCUCAAAGGCUUCAGACGACUGCAGGCAGCAGAUGGAGCAGCGGGGUGAGGAGGAGCACCAGGCCGAUCAAACAGACCAGGAAGUAUCAGGCCUCCAACAUGUUCGACGGCAUCAGCACCAACACGGCCAGGUCGGUCCUGAAGAAGAUGGACAACAUGAAGAACAAAAGGCGGCUCAGUCACAACAAAGAAGGAAAGAUUUACUCCAAAGCCCAGAGGAGGAGGACUCCAGUGCCUCCGCAGAGAGAGCUCAGCGACAGCGAGGGUGAAAACGGUGGACUCGGUGACGAGGACAGCAGACAGGAAGCGGCUGCUGAUGAGGACAGCAACUGCAGCGCCACCCAGAGCUGUGACGCCAAAAUGAGCCGCGCCUCGUCGCUCUACCAGGGACCGAGCAGCGAGUUCACGAGAGGAUCGUUCAGGAUCAGCGCCUCCGGACCAAACACGACCCGCAGACCAGCGUUCAGGCCCACGAAGAGUGUGAUGUCCGAUCAGUCCGACGAGGACGACUCUGACGACGAGGCGAACGGCUCUGAAAAAGCGUCUGGGAGCUGUCGGCCGCUGGGACUGCUCACAGAGCGUCUUCUGGGGACCCGCAGGGACAAGCUGAGCGCGGGAGCAGGUCUGGCAGACAUCGAUCCGAUGGCCAUCGACCAGUCGGUGAGUUUAGACGUGCUGUGUGUUCAGACAAUCAGACCUUCAGUGUAG